AUGGCAUCCUCAUCUUCCAAUGUCGUCGGUGUCCACUACCGAGUGGGCAAGAAGAUCGGCGAGGGAUCCUUUGGUGUGAUAUUCGAGGGGACAAACUUGUUGAAUAACCAGCAAGUUGCCAUUAAAUUCGAACCCCGAAAGAGUGAUGCCCCCCAAUUACGAGACGAGUAUCGAACAUACAAGAUUCUUGUGGGCUGCCCGGGUAUUCCCAAUGUCUACUACUUCGGCCAAGAAGGCCUUCACAACAUCCUCGUCAUCGAUCUCCUUGGCCCCUCUCUCGAAGAUCUGUUCGACCACUGCAACCGAAGGUUCACUACGAAGACCGUCGUAAUGGUAGCGAAGCAGAUGCUCUCGAGAGUCCAAACUAUCCAUGAGAAGAACCUCAUCUACCGUGAUAUCAAACCCGACAACUUUCUGAUUGGCCGACCAGGGUCAAAGGCUGCAAAUGUAAUUCAUGUGGUAGAUUUUGGCAUGGCCAAGCAAUACCGAGACCCGAAGACGAAGCAGCACAUUCCGUACCGCGAACGCAAAUCACUCUCUGGCACUGCAAGAUACAUGAGUAUCAAUACCCAUCUAGGUCGAGAACAAUCCAGACGAGAUGAUCUCGAGGCUUUGGGACAUGUUUUCAUGUAUUUCUUACGGGGAGGGUUGCCAUGGCAGGGUCUCAAGGCUGCCACCAACAAACAGAAAUACGAGAAGAUCGGGGAGAAGAAGCAGACGACUGCUAUCAAGGAUCUUUGUGACGGAUUCCCGGAGGAAUUCAACAAGUAUCUGAGCUAUGUCCGAAACCUCGGAUUCGAAGACACUCCUGAUUAUGACUACCUCCGUGAGCUCUUCACGCAGGCCCUGAAGAACACAGGCGAGGUGGAGGAUGGCGAGUACGAUUGGAUGAAGCUCAACAAUGGCAAGGGCUGGGAAACCAUGAAACAGCAUCCAUCUCAACAUAUGUUGCACCAGGCCAACGCAGCGCCAGGAGCGUCCCAGAGAGAGUUGCAUGGGACAGUCGCAAGGGUAGGAGGAAAUAGCACCCCGGGCCACCUGACUGCUGCCCGUUUAAACGCCGCGCAACCCCCGCCCCCAUCCCCAAUCAAGCCGGGGAUGGGCAAGACGCGCGAUCGACCAAACGCCCAAGGCGCCUUGGUAGCGAAACGCAGCAGCGGAGCGGCGGGGGGACUCCAGGACGCCGCUACUCCCACCGGCUCAACCCAGGCGCAAUUCCAGAACAGCUCGAACAACCUGCCCCAGAGAAUGACGGCGCAGCCAAACAUGAACACACAAGCACAGAACGGGAGGAACUCAGACCCACAACCUACAGGCAUCCAGAAGCUGAUGAAGGCUCUUUGCUGCGGUUAG